CCAAACUGUGCUUGAGUGAAACACAAACACAGAAAGGAAAAUCAUUUUACACUUUAAUUGGUUCCGUUUGUGGAUCAAAUGACUUUCAACAAUUAAUUUACGUUUCACACUCCAAUUAUCUGUACAUCGACUAAUGUGCAGCUCAGUUUUGAUAGCUUCAAAUGAAUUCACAUUAAGUUAAUUUAGUAAUUAAGACCUUCAAAAGUAGUAUAUUGAUUUUUUAAUUAAAAUGUUUUAUUAGAGCCUAAUGGUUAUUUAUGAUUAUCGUUUAAAAUUGCUUCAAGCUUCAGAGUGAGAUGAGAGGUUAUGAACAGCCCAGUCCAUUCCAUCUUCCUGGCUAAAGUUUGCAUGGAAUUUAAUAUACGAUCAUAAAUAUAUCGGACCCCUUUAACUUCUUUAAAUGGGCUUAUUUCAUAAAUGUAAAAAUGUUAUGAGCAGAAAUAUACAGUAUAGCCUAUGCCAUGCGUGACAAGAAUGCAUAGCAAUGUCAAUGUACAGAUACUCGGAAAAACAUCCAGGUGCGGUUUCCAUACCGGAUUCAAAUUGAUUGGGCAAUAUAAUUAUGACAGGUGUUGAUUCUUAAUACGUUUGUAUAUAUAGGCUAUAUAGUAUCGCCUUGUAGCGAAAGUGAGAUAAAAGUGGGCGAAAACUCACUGAACACUGCCCCUUGUGUGGCUUGCCUACUUAUGAUUAUCAAGUUAAUUAAAGCCCGCGCAUCUGACACAGUCACUCCGCCGGAUUAAAAACAACAGGCGCCUUGCAACGCUUCGCAGGGGCCGCGUGUCAAGGGUUGUCUACCCAGGAGCCGCGCGCGUCUAGCGGAUAGCGCUUGCUCAGAACCGGAGGGGUGCCCUUUCAAGAAGCGGUUUUCAAAAAGCAAACGACAAGAAGCCAAUUAUUGAACUUAGAUGUCGGGGGAGGGCCAGAAUGAAACGAUUUCCAUAAUUCCUGUAUGCGAAGUGAUGAAAUGUUUGGGGAUAAAGAGUGGAGGAGAGAGAUACAAACCAAGUAGCAUCAAACGCGCGCUCACGCCGGGAAUGUGUGCUUUGAAAGCGACUAGCGCUAGUAGAGAGGCCUUUUUUUUUUUUUUUUUUCAAAGUGCUGAUUUGAAAUGAACACAUUGAAAUGCAGAGAGGCGGCCAGCCAACAGACUGCGGGGUCAAGUGACGAACGGAUUAUAUGCUUCUUCUUAAUAAUAUUAAUUAAACAAUUUGCAUGCUAAUAAGGUAACAAUUAUCGUGCCUCUCUGUUGAAAGAUUUAGGUUAUUACUACACACCAUCCGGGUGCUACUGAGGGUCAGCGCAAGCGAGCGAGUGGUGAGAAAUUUCAACUCAAAUUAACGUUCUGGCAGCUGGAGAAAUUGGAUAAAUAAAGUGGAAUUAAUUCUCGGUAAUGGAGGAGGAGAGCAGGGAGAGGGAAAGACCCGUAUACUUACUUUAUACAUGGACAGGAUUGAUUACCAUCCUGUAUUCAGAACCAUCUCUCUCUCUCUUUCUCUCUCUCUCUCUCUCGCUCGCUCACACACUUUUCAAAUCCAAUAAAAAAAAAAAAAAACGCUGGACAGCGUUUACAUUUAACAAUUAUUGAGGCAGGGGAACUACAUUAUAAAUAAAAAACUGGAGUUUACAGCCAUUCCCUAAUCACAUAAUUUAGAAAUAUUAAAUAAUUAUUAUCAUCUUCCUCUUUUACCUUUUUUUUUCUGUGCACAAUAUACACUCUAACGUGUGAUGUGUGCAGUAGGAUUUCAGCUUAUUAAUUUAAUUCAUGACAUAAUUUACAAAAAAUGUCCUUUACACUCAAAAUAAGUAUGUAUUUGUUAUCUUAUUUUAAAUUGUAAUAAUUGUAUUUUUUUGUAAAAUUGAUUAAUAUGACCUCCUCACACCACACUCCCUCUUGUAGAUACAAAUGAUCAGUGGAAUACAAGCAUAAUUGAUUACUUAAACAAACUUAAGCCAAUAAUCUAAAAGCCCCACUGAAAUAUGAAGCACGUUUGUGCUUUCAUAUAACUUGCCCCCCUCACAGUUAUUCUGUCAGACUCACUUUUGUUUCCUUCAGAUAUUUUUUCAUAACACCUGCCAAAAUCAUGGCCACAGUAAUCAGAACUGUGGAAAUGAGUUCGAGGUGCGCUCGCGUGUAGAUAUUAGAAAGGCUGAGGUGCUUGUAGUUUUAAAUUCAUCUUGACAGCUCGCAACAGGGCGGGCGAUUCUUCGUCUGUUACAGGAUCACUCUAUUCAGGGAACGAUGCCUCCGCGUAAUAGGAGAACAUCACUUUACGCAUUCAGAGAGAGCCAGGCGUUCCUUGAAAAGUAUCAGAUUUGAGCCACUUGACGUUUUCGGUUGUUACAUGUGUUAUUUUGUUUUUAUAGAACAAACGCGACGUUCAGAACAGUUAGCUAUUGGAACAGAACCAUUGUGUGUUUAUGUAGUCGCUGUUUAGAAUUUAGUCGGGAAUCAAUCAAUUUGCCGGUUUCGCCUCCUCCCCUUUCUCCUCCCUCUCGCCUAGUUGUGAUGUCUCAUGUCGUGUUGUGACAGCGCUGGUAUUGUUUAUUGAGGUGGAUGUCAGGUAUAAUUAGCAAUCGAUAUGGAAAACGUUUGUGUCGUGGCUCUGACGUCACCGACGAUUAACGUUUCUUAUUGGUCACGAAUUCCCUAGCGCGAGAGCUAGUUAUUUGGACAAGGGGAGAGUUGAUGUUGACAAAGUAGGAGAGAGCGAAAAAGCCCGCACGCCUGCCUCGGUCUCCUUAUUCCUUAAUUGGGAUCGCAAAGCAUGUCAACGCCGCACGUCCCUUCACGGCUGCUGCAUGCGCUCUGAGGGAAGAGUUGGAGCUUGUUUUGGCCAGACAGACGCUUGCCUGAUUCCCGAGAUGCAAUGAUGGAUAGCCGGAUCCUCGAGCAUCCUCAUGCCCAGUUUGGAGGCUCUUUGGGGGGCAUGGUUGGAAUGGGUUUCCCCUACCACCUCGGUCACCAUCAUGUUUACGAUAUCUCCGGACACCAGCUACAGUCGGCGGCCGCUGUACCUUUUUCUAUAGACGGAUUACUUAACGGAUCAUGCUCAGCGUCUGUUGCAAACUCCAACCCAUUGCUCGGAUCUGGUUGUGGUGUUAACGGGGAUAGUCAGUAUAAACUCAGCGAUGCCGGAGACCCCGACAAGGAAAGCCCUGGUUGUAAACGGAGGCGAACGCGUACAAAUUUUACGGGCUGGCAGCUGGAGGAACUAGAAAAAGCGUUCAACGAAAGCCAUUAUCCGGACGUGUUCAUGCGCGAGGCGCUCGCGCUACGUCUAGACCUUGUUGAGUCACGUGUUCAGGUGUGGUUCCAAAACAGGCGAGCUAAAUGGCGCAAAAAGGAGAACACGAAGAAAGGGCCCGGUCGACCGGCUCACAACUCUCACCCCACUACAUGCAGCGGCGAACCAAUGGACCCAGAGGAGAUCGCGCGACGGGAGUUGGAGCGCUUGGAAAAGAAGAAGCGAAAACAGGAACGCAAACUGCUGAAAUCCCAGAACAAGCUCUUAGCGGGUGAGCUCUUCCACACACCCGGAUCUGACAGCGACAGUGGAGUAUCGCAGAGCACCGAUAGCGAGUCCACUCCGCACAGCGGGCCUCAGCCUAGCGCGCACCGACAGCAAACUGAACAUAUAUGUGACCAACAUCCACGCCACCAAAGAGCCAGUACAGUCAACGAGACAGCGGAGCCCAUGGACUCCACGCGGAACUCUGCCAUGUGCCCCGCGAACGGCAUCACACGCGCCUCCACGCUCCAGAAACUCAACCCAUUUAGUGUGGAGAGUUUACUAGCCGACUCAAGUCCCAGGAGAAAAACUAUCCUGGAUUUUUCUCAGUUACCGCCGCAGCGACCACUGGUUGGUAAAGGCCAUUUCCUUCUAUAUCCCAUUACCCAGCCACUGGGUUUCAUUGUGCCACAGACAGCGAUGAAACCGAGUCAGGAUUCAGGAAACUCGGGUCACAACUGUUCCACGACAGACAUCUCGACCUCAAACCAGAAAGACAUCAAUCAUUUGUGCAAAGACACCGGUGCGAAUGCGGCCACAAACGGCGAGCUGCAAAGAGAAAGCAAGAACUCUUCCAUUCAGUCUUCAGACACAAGCUCAGAGAAAUGUUUUGCAGAAUCUAAUUCGCCACAAAAGGAGUUUGAAAAUGACUCUGAGUCCACUGUCACAAACUCUAGCCAGAAAGAAAGCAUCUCUCCUAACCUGUCUGAAUACUCUGACACGAAAACCCGCAGUUCUGCUGACACAAAUACAGAUGGAGAGGACGUUGACAUGGACUGAAAUAUAGGCCAGCAGCAGUGGCGCCAAGUGACUUGUCAUAAUCCCAAAGCUGAAACGACACGUUUUUGUAUACAAGACUGUUUUAAUUCAUGUUUUUAUACUUUUCAGAAACGGAUAUUCUUUAUUCAGGUGAACUAUCUGUUUCGGCUUAAAACUAGCCUAUCAAAUUCAGCUACUCGGCUAACUUCAAGGAACAAGUUAGCUUAUGAGCAGCAUACAAGAACAACAUAUCCUCAAACGUUGUAUAAAUGAUAAAAUAUCGAAAAUAUUUAUAUAUGUAACAUUUUGAUAAGUAAUAAUAAGAAUAAUAAUAAAAUAUUGUCAAAGAAAA